AUGAAACAGAAAAGGCAGGCGUAUGAUAAUAAGGGCAACGUGAAAUGGCAGACCUGGAAUGGUUUCCUCCCUUCUGGAGCGGUGUCAAUUUACAACACAUAUGUGGGACGUAUUGACUAUGUCUGUAAACAUGGAUGCCAUGCUGGCUUGUACAGCCAUAGCUUGGGAGAUUUCUGCCACUAUCCCUAUGGCGACAAAGAGUAUCGUACGGGCUCAUUUGAUAUCCUUGUGAAUGACAAAUACUUUGAGAUUCUGGAGUGGAAGGAAGGUUCCUUUGGUUCAGUGCCCAAACAUGCAGUUAGAACAUGUUCUAGUGAUGAGGUUUAUGUUGGAAAAAACAGGUAUGGUCUAGGUAAAGUGCAUCCUAGACACACUGCAUUUUUUCUACCUUGGAGAGGUAAAGAAUAUUGGUACAAGUACUAUGAGGUGCUGACCAUUAAUAGAGAUAUUGACAGUGAGAUCAUCUCUGAUGUCAGAUAUAAAACUAACAACGCUAAAAUCAUCGAGAAUCCUCCAGAGACCAUACGCAUCUCUUCCAGUAUUAACAAUGGAUGCAAUCCAGUGACAAAAACAGUAACUCUUUCAAAGACAGUUAGAGAUGAGAAAAGGUGGGACAUUCACGCUUCUGUCUCGUUUGGUGUCACUACGACUUUUACUGCAGGAGUCCCUGCCGUAGCAUCCGGAAGCAUUCAGGUUAGCGGUCAAUUUACAUUUGACUAUUCAAAUGGGGCAACUCAUGCAGAAGAGCACACCCACACUGUUGAAGUACAGGUCUCCGUCCCACCAAACCACUUGUGCAAAGUCAAAAUGCUGGCUUAUAGGUAUGAUGUAAACAUCCCUUUUACUGCUCUCCUCACCCGAACCUACAGGAACACAGCAAUGAAACUAUCACACAUCUCAGGGACAUACUACAGCAUCCAGACGGGAGAGGUCCAUGCUGUGGUAGAAAGAUGUGAAUACCUAACUUCUGCACAGCCAUGCCCACAAAAGACAUAA